AUGGUGAAAUUCCACAAGUUCCCCCAGCUGCCCUUCGAGCUCCAAGACCAGAUCUGGGAUGCAUCACUGCAGCAGGACAUACGUCUCAUCCUACUGAACGAUAAUGAUAGACGCAUCUAUCCCACCACACACCUUUCCUCGGCCUUGUUGACAGUCAAUGCACAAAGCCGCAAGCGAGCACUUGUUGCCUACCCGACCAAGCUCAACAUCUGGUCGACGAACCAGGAAGACAGAAGCAAAGGUUGUGUGCACGUCAAUAUCGAGAAGGACAUCUUUUUUCUCGAAUUCAGCGGCGCGCGUAUUCUCGAGAACAAGUGGUGGCAGGAAAAGUGGCUCAACAUACCCAGCGUGAAUGGACAUAGACCCUGGGAGAUCCCAUUUAAUAACCACGCAACUCCACUGCCGAGAGAACAAUGCGGUCAAAUUCGACUCCUCCGAGAAUUGCAGUGGGACCCGUACGACAUGGACCCAGUGUGCUGCUGGGAAUGCAAGUAUUCAGACAUUCAGGAAGGAUUCGACGAUAUCGAGCCCUUUAUGGACCGUGCAUUGUUCUCGAGUGUCAGCUCUGAGUCGUGCCAACUUCUAAUGAUGACUUCGACGGCGGGAGAGAUGGAUUUCCUGCUGGAUAUUAGCAGACUCUCUGGCGAAGAAUUCCUGAAGACGUGGGGACCACGGUUUGUGACGUAUGACUUCCAAAGAGAGCGAGAUUGGAUUUGCUCUGCUCUGUCAGAAAGCAGUGAGGACACAGAGUAA